AGAAUGCAAGUCUUCAGCCAGCCUAUCACAAAUAGUUUGAGUCUGAAAACGGAAGAAAUAUAAGGGCGGCUGCUGGGUGUCCCUUGGCUUACUUUGCAUUUCUUUUCCCGAGCAAACGGUGCUAGAUAGAACGUGAAUUGCAAAUGUCAGGCCGGGGAAAGCAGGGCGGUAAGGUGCGGGCUAAGGCGAAGUCUCGCUCCUCGCGGGCUGGGCUGCAGUUCCCGGUGGGUCGAGUGCACCGCCUGCUCCGCAAAGGCAAUUACGCUGAGCGGGUGGGAGCUGGAGCUCCGGUCUAUAUGGCCGCGGUGCUGGAGUAUCUGACCGCUGAGAUUCUCGAGUUAGCCGGCAACGCUGCUCGGGACAAUAAGAAAACCAGGAUCAUCCCCCGUCACCUGCAGCUCGCCAUCCGUAACGACGAGGAGCUCAACAAACUGCUUGGCAAAGUGACGAUCGCUCAGGGGGGUGUCCUGCCCAACAUCCAGGCAGUGCUGCUGCCCAAGAAAACUGAGAGCCACAAGGCCAAGAGCAAGUAAAGCUGAAGUGAGAAAUAAACACUUCGAAUUUAAAACUAACUUAACGGCUCUUUUCAGAGCCACCCACAAAGUCAAAAAAGGGUUUGAUUAUCUCCAAAAGUUCCGGUAGGAAUCGUGUGUACGCCAAACAGUGAAAUCCCCCUCUUACAAAAAUCAACGUGACAAAAAAUCAAACAAACAAAAAUAACUGACAGCGGGGACAGGAUUUCGCCCUCAUUUUUUUCUAUCGGUGGAUUAAAUUGGGCAAAAUGUGUAAAUUACAUUCCGUUCACACACGCACUUAAAAGUGCCUUACUGCGGGGGGGGGGGGGGAUAACUUUGUCUGAAGAUGACAUGGGAAAUUUGAGAUUUAAUGCGUAAUGAUCAUUUUCCCACUGCAUAACUUGCAACAGAAGUCAGUAUUUACAGCUCUCAAGCCUCACAUCCAACCUUCUCCUUUACGGGUUAUUUGUUGUCAGAUGUACGAGAAUAGAGGUCUCCAAGUGGGUAACGAAUCUGACAGUCUAUUGGAAAAUCCCGGGCACGUAGUUUUGUACGGAACGAGUAGUCAAAACCACCCCGCAUUCCUCCGACCGAGCAAAGGGAUGCGUCCAGAUAGCUCAUUGAAGAGGUAAAAAAGAGGGUUGUUACUGGACAAUCCUUGCGCGGGUUUUUCAAACACAGGAAAUAAUUUAAUUACUACUAUGCCUUUUGUAGUACAUACAGGAAGUUGUGUAACUUUGUUUGAAAGUCUGCAGAGAAAAUCGCUAAUCGCUCAGAAAAUCUGACCCCUUUCCCAUUCCAGGGAAAGAGACUCAUUCAUCUAAACCUAUAGGAAGAUUUUAUUUACUUAAUGUAGAGAAGGGGCUUCUGAAUUGCUUUUAUGAAAACAGGGUGCAGUAUUUAGAAGACAGUGCUAUACGUGCAGGUGUCAGCUCAAAGGCUACACUGUACAAAUUAUUUAAGAAUUUGCAGAUCUUUGAAAACUAUAGAUCAAAAUAAUCAGAAGGGGUUCUGUUAAGCUGUGAAAUGUAUUUCACUUUCUCAUUUCUUAUCCUUUACUGCCAUCUGAUGGACAUUCUUUUUUAAAUUGCAGAACUUGUAAACGAUAUAAAAACCUGUUUUACCGUUCAAUGUUUACUAACAACAGCUAAGAAAUAA